AUGGGAUCAAGUGAGGACGGACCGCCACGUGGCCAUCGCCCAUUAUACAACGAGUCGCAACUGGCCCAGUAUGUUUCGUUCAUCAACCCGGACCCAAGAUAUUCACUGGCGACCCUUCGAUCGGAGAUCAAGCAAGACCCUCUGGCCGCCUUGACACUACUGCAACUCCGACAGAAUUGCGCCACGAUAUGGGGCAAUGUCGCGCUGCAUUACUCGCACCAUCGAACUCUGCCGCUCGACGCGGAUGCAUUGUAUCACAAGCUGGUCGAACGACGGUUGGGUGGGUAUUGCAUGGAGAACAACGCUUUCUUCUCCACGAUCCUGAGGUCGCUUGGAUAUGACCUCUAUGUCUCGGGUGCGAGGAUCAGUAAUGCGUUGAUGGGCGGUGCUGACCCUGAGGGCUUUGCUGGCUGGCAACACGAGGUGAUUAUUGUCACCAUCGACGGCCAGCAUUACCUUGUCGACGUGGGCUUUGGCUCGGGUUCUCCGAUAACUCCCAUGCCACUGACCGAAGCAUCCUUGGAAGAACGGGAAUCUGUGCCCGGCUCUUUCGUGCGACUUGUCCACAGAGCAAUAGCACCGAAUACCACGGACCACAAAGUCUGGGUGCUGGAGCUCAAGAACACGACGACAAAUAAGUGGUCGGGAGCAUACUGCUUUGCCGAGUUCGAGUGGCUGCCUCAAGACUUUGAAAUCAUUAAUUACCGUACUCACAAGGACCCGAAGAGCUGGUUCACGUACAAGUUGGUUCUGGUGCGCACGCUGAUCGACGAGGAGACUAGGACUAAGGCCAUUGGAUCGAUCAUCCUCACUGGAGCAAAGGUUGAGAGGAGGAUAGGGACCGGGAAGAAAGAAGUCUUGGUGGAAGCGAAGAGUGAGGCGGAGCGUGUUGCGGCUUUGAGAGAGUGGUUUGGUGUAGUACUUCGCCCUGAAGAGGAGAGAGGCAUUCAUUCCAUGCCCACGGAGAUCACGAGCGAAGAGCUACUAACCUGA